AUGCUUAGAUGUGAAUUAUGUUCUUUUGAAACCUUGUCAUCAAAGAUUUAUGUAGAUCAUUGGCGCAUUCAUAAAAAUGUACACAACGUAGAUUUUCCGUGUGCAUUCACAAAUUGUCGACGUAGGUUUGCCAGUUAUAAUGCUUUUAACUGUCAUGUUGUCCGAGAUCAUACAUACUCCAAACAUAAUGCAAUAUCUAAAAACUUGUCCCUUAAUUGUUCUCUUCCGUUCUGCAAAAAUGUCUUUUUUGCUGAUUUACCUACUCUGUUAUUGCACAUUAAAAAGCAUAUCAAUGCAGGAGUAAAAUUAGAAUGCCCUUAUUUAAACUGUUCUUUUUCAUUCACGUGUAAAUCAUCUUUUACCAGUCAUCUUAGCCGAUACCACCGUAACUGGGGUAUCGGUGAACUUAAUCCAAAUUACGUAAGUCAGAGUGAUUUGCCUGUAACAGAUAAUGAAAUGUGUGAACCAUCAGACGGCGACUUUCAAAACAAUGAAAUAAUCCCCGCACCCAGUCGAGAAAACUUUAAUAAAGAUUUAGCAUUGUUUUAUUUAAAAUUGCAAGCUAAAAAACUCGUACCUGUAUCCACUAUACAGUUAAUAAAUCAAGAAAUACAAAAAAUAAAUGAGUACCAUAUUGAUCUAUUAUUAGAAAAUUUAAGGUUAAGUUUGAAUUCUUGUUCAGUUUCUAAUUUUGACAUUGACAAAAUCAUCUGUGAAAUGAAAGAAAAUGAUGUUUUUUCGAAAUGCAAUUCUGAACUUCUAAGAUCAGAUUACGCCAGAAAAUCUUUUUAUAAACAACAUUUUAAUUAUGUUGCCCCAGUAGAUAUAUACCUAGGGAGAAACAGACAUAACCGAAUUUGUUCUUAUCAGUACAUUCCAAUAUGUGAUUCGCUACAGAGUGUCUUUAAGCAUAAAUCAGUAUCUGACCUUGUAGAAGAGAACAGGUGCACAAAAUCAGAAAAUCAGUUUUUAAAAGAUGUAACUGAUGGAAGCUGUUUUAAAGAGAACGAGCUAUUCCAGCAAGAUUCAAAUGCAUUAGGAAUAAUAUUGUUCCAAGAUGCAUUUGAAGUUGCAAAUCCUUUAGGAUCUGCAAAAAAGAAGCAUAAAAUUGUUGGUGUUUAUUAUACACUUUCAAAUUUACCACCAGCGUAUCGAUCAAAUGUAGAUAACAUUCAAUUGGUUAUGUUAUGUUUGGAAGUUGACUUAAAAUACUUUGGUCAAGAAAAGAUGUUUCGCAGUCUUAUUGAAGAUCUAAAAAAAAAUGAAAUAGAAGGUAUUUUGAUCAAUAAUACUUUUAUUAAAGGAGCUGUUUGCUCAGUUGUUGGCGAUAACUUGGGUUCUCAUUAUAUUGGGGGGUUUAUGGAAAGUUUUAAUUGUGAGUAUCUUUGUCGAUACUGUUUAAUAAAAAACAGUCAGUUUAAAGUAAAUCCAUUUUCUAUUGGACCAAUACGAACACCUAGUCAUUAUGACACCUGUAUAACUGCCUUAGCUGAAGGAACAACAACUUCUAGUGACCACGGAAUUAAAUUCAAUUCUGUGUUUAAUGAUCUUAAAUACUUUCAUGUAUGUCAACCUGGCUUACCCCCCUGCCUAGGACAUGAUCUUUUUGAGGGUAUUGUAGCUUAUGAUUUAGUUCUCUAUAUUAAUUAUUUUUGUAAAGUAAAAAAAUAUUUCACGUAUGCAAAAUUCAACAGCAUACUAUUUGGGUUUAAUUAUAAGGGAACUGAUUGCCGCAAUAAACCUAAUGAAAUGAAUGGAAAAAGUGAAAAACUUAAUGGACAUGCUGCACAAAAUUGGUGCUUAUUAAGAUUAUUACCAGUUUUAAUAGGUUAUCUCAUUAAAGAUUAUGAAGAUAGUGUAUGGGAUUUGUGCUUACAACUUAGAUCUCUAGUAGAAAUUAUUUGUGCUCCAAAAAUUCAGAAGGGGCAAAUAGCAUAUUUGCAAACUUUAAUAGAAGAGUAUCUUGAUUUGCGAUCAAGUUUAUUUCCAUCUGUCGCUCUUCGACCAAAACAUCAUUAUUUGUCCCACUAUACUACUUUGAUUCUUCAAUUUGGUCCGUUAAUUCGGCUAUGGACAUUAAGAUUCGAAAGUAAGCACAGUUAUUUUAAGAGAUGUGCUCGAAGUUGCAAUAACUUUAAAAACAUUUGUUCUUCUUUGGCUACUAAGCACCAAUUGUUGCAAACUUACAUAAAUGCUGGUAAUAUAUUUUCGCACGAUAUACAAAUCAAUAAAGGAACCAAAUUUCAUGCAUCCAUGUACCAUGAAAAAAUACAGUCUUCUUUGUUCAAUAAUUUCACUUCAACCAAUACAUUGGUUUCGUACAAUGUCAGUGUUCGAGGUAUUGCUUACAAAAAAGGUAAUGUUCUACCCUUGAGAGAAAAUGAAUGGGGAAUAAUAUUUGGUAAAAUUUUGUUAAUUCUUGUUAAUGAUAAAACUGUAUAUUUUGUUGUGAAAACUUCUCAAUUCAUUCUUAUGAGUCAUCUUGGUGUGUACGCAGAUGAGAUAACAUCUGAUAUUUCUGAUAGUGAAAUUAUUUGUGUAAGCAUAGAUGAACUAUUAGACUACUAUUCGCUUCCAGUUUAUAAAAUAAAACACUUAAGUUGUGUUUGUUUGCACCAUGCUGUCGUUUAA